AUGCCGUCUCGAAACUCGUCUGCUUCUUCCUCACGCGCUCCGCUCGAGGAAUCGCGUGUCGCCAAUCGAUCCAUCUCGUCAUCCUUUGCCAGCACCAAAGCCUCACUUUCCGGCAAGACAUCAUCUUCGAGAAAGAGCUCGGCCCAAUCUAGCUCAUCAUCGUCCAAGUCUCGCUCCGCUUCCGGAAAGCAUCGCGGUCGAUUCGAUGAUGACGAUGACAUUGCAGAAAACGACGAAGAUGAGGAGGACAAUGGCGCUGACGACUACGACCAAGAGGACGAAAAAGGCCAUCGCCAGUCCAAUGGCCGCAAACCUUCCGCUUCAUUGUCCAGAUCCGAAUCCAAGCCGCGCUCAGGACCAUCCAGCCGUCAGCCGUCAGCAACCAACAAUGCCAAUCGCUCCAUUCUCGCGCGAUCCAAUCCCAACGCGUCCAUCCUUAUGGGCAAUGCUGCCAACACAUCCAUCGCCUUUCAGAACUCGCGCGUCGCAGCCCUUGCUCGAUCGCAUGUCGUCGUCGACGCUUCUUCUAUCAUGCGCCCUCGAGGUCAGGUCGGACAUGCAGCCGCCAAUGCUGCACCCGGAAGUAGCGAUCCCAAAGCCGCAAGCUCCACUGCCGCUUCUCUGAAUGUUGACACUUCCAGCUUCGAAGAGUGGAUGAAGAUGGCGACCGACAACAAGAUCAACUCGACCAACACCUGGCAAUUUGCCCUUAUCGACUACUUUCACGACAUGUCGCUCCUCCGUAACGAAAGCGGCGACGGAAGUAUCAACUUCCAGAAGGCCUCGUGCACUCUCGACGGAUGUGUCAAAGUCUGGACUUCUCGUGUUGACUCGGUCGUUGUCGAGACUGGAAAGCUCCUCUCUGGUCUCCAAGACGACAUUGAUCAAGCCUCGCGCAAAGAUAAGCACGGCAACGAGCAGGGAGACGACGACGACGCCGAAGAUGACGACGAAGACGGCAAUGGCAAUCCUACGCGGAAGCGAAAGAGGAACAAGGAGGCCACCCUCGCCAAGACGUUUGGUCACAUCCAGAUCAAAAAGUUUGAGCUUGAAUUCACCGUCGACCCCCUCUUCAAGAAGACGUCUGCCGAUUUUGACGAGGGCGGCGCCAGCGGUUUGUUGAUGAACCAUUUGGGCGUCGAUUCCUCCAUGGCAGUCAUCUUUGACGCCAGUGACGUAGCCGGCGUCGGCAGCGAGGAAGACCUGGCCAAGAUGCUCUCGAUUGGCGCAGACGGUGAUGCUGACGGACAAGCCGACAAUCCUGUCCAGGCCACGGCCACGGCCGAAGAGGAUGAAGACGAGCAGAUCGACUUAUCCAAGCUUGCCUCUAAAUGGCUCGACUCAGACGACUUUGUCAACGCCGACGGAGCUGGCGACGACGUCGCUGCACUACUGUCGCGCCGCGUCUUGUGCCCCACCCUCUGCAAUUUCCGCUUCUCCAAAGACGACGACACACCUUUCGGUGUCGGUCUUGACGAAUUCAAUCAGCAGACAUUCCACACGGCCACUCACACCAACACGUACUACGAUUCGCAAAGCGUUCCCGGAAUGCGUGCUACUUCGGAAGAGUUUGACGACAUCAACCCUGUUACGGACGAGGCAGCAGGUGCGGGUGACUUCUUCGAGACCGACAUGGGUGGACCCAUGGACGACAACGACGACGAUGGCAACGAUUUCUUCGACGCACUGGACGCUGCGCCCGCCUUCCAUCACAGCGGUCCCACCAUGCUCGACGGAACCACGGGCCGUGUCGACGGAUACGGACCCUUUGAUCCAUCCGCCGGACCGUCCUCUGAGCUCGUCAUGGCAAUGGCCUUCAACGCGUCUACAGGCAUGCCAGUAGAAGGUGCUGAUGGCGAAAACGGCGGCGAUCUGUUCGAUUACUUUGACCGCCGCCUUAUGCGCAAUUGGGCCGGGCCAGAGCACUGGAAGCUUUCUCGUGUGGCUGCCUCGGGUCCUCUGGCCCUCGGUGCUUCGACGGGCGCUGCUGCUCAAGCGGCAGCAGCAGCAGCAGCAGCUCGCAAGGAGAGCAAGAAGAGCAAAGAGCCCUUUGUCAUCGACUUUCUCUCUGAGGAGGGUGGCGUCAACGUCAAAGAAAUUUUUGAACCGGCCAAGCAGGCCGCUGCCAUCACCUUGCCGGUCAGCGCUCGCAACAAGAUGGCAAAUCUCGCUGCGUCAUCGUCUGAUGCCUAUCUGCUUCCCGAGGAUCGCCAUUUCAGCUCCAAACAGCUUCUGCGCCUCUUCUUGAAACCGAGGAUGGCGAUCAAUAUGCGCCACAAGGGGCAGCAGUCCGGGGGUGGCUUUGGCGUUGGCACUGACGCUGGCACUGACGCCCAGUUGUGGGCCGAUGUUGCCGGAGAUGCGGACGAUAUGGGUGGAGCAGAUGGAGGCAUGCCCUUUGACACACAGUUCUUCCACGAUGCGGAUGAUGGCUUUGAUGCCAACGAAGGCGGCUUGGGUGGUCUCGACGACUCCCCAGCCAAUGUCACCACUGGCGGCGACGCUGAAGAUGAGGAGCUCACACAGACACUACAGGCACUCAACCGGGUCAAGCCGGAGUACGUCAACUACGCCAAGAAGGCUAAGCGGGUCGAUGUCAAGAAACUCAAGGAAAACAUCUGGAAAGAGCUCGGCAUUCUUGGCUCUACCACCGAUGACCCUGCUGCCGUCGCAGCGAAGGCGGCUGCUGGCGAUGAGGACGGCGACGAGUCCAUGGCUUCGACAAUCGCCGAUGCAUCUGGCGGUGUCAAGACAUUUGAAUCGGUGCUGUCUGGCUUGCAAAAGGCAUAUACGCAGGACAAGAUGGAAGAGAUCUCAACAUCGUUCUGCUUCAUCUGCUUGUUGCAUCUUGCCAACGAAGAAGGACUUGCGAUUGACACGGGUUCCCAGGAAAAAAUUGAGGCUUUCCGUGCUAGACGUGGCCGGAACAGCACAACGCCGACCAAGGGCGAUGGUGCUGGAGGGUUGUUUGGCCGUCUGGCUGCGGGGAGAGUCAUGCAAAGUAGCAGCGAAGACGAUGAUCUGGGCGGAGAGGAUGAUCUAGGCGAGCCGGUCGAGGGCGAGGAGGGCUAUGAAGAGGAUGAGCUGCGAGUAGGCAGGUUGUCGUCGCUGAGGAUCAUGAAGGAUCCAAAGGCCUACCGCUCGGCGUGA